CAUUUUCCCUCCGCGGCCCGGCGGGGCGUCCUCAGACGGAGCCGCUCUGACAACCGGGAGACAUUUGAGCUGACUUCCUGACAAACAUCAGCGUCUACGCUCUAGUCCAAUAAAACUUCCUGACUCCUUUUGCCUUUUCAGCGGAAAUGUUUCACCUGAAGUUUGCCUCUGGUCGGUGAAAGUUUGAAGAGGAAAAAGAAGGCUGCAAAUGGAGAGAAGAGGCAUUCGUACCUUUAAAGUUUAACAAGGGAAGAAUUCCAGAAAGCGGUGGGAUGUCAAACCGUGACUCGUUGGGCUUCGGGGAUCUGAUUCCCCACGAUGUGGUUGAGAUCUUUGCCCAAGAGAAGCACAGUAAUAAAGGGAGGAAAAAGCGCAGUCACUCCCUGGGCCGGGCCUUGGGCUGGCUGAAGGGCAAGAAGAGGAAGGAUCUCAGUGCUCAAGGACAGAACCCAGGUCUUGGUCCUGCACUGGACUUGGCUUUGGACAGACACAUGGCUACGCAUCUCAGCGGAAACAAGGGAGGACACAAGUCAGGAAAACCAUCCCAGACACAAGCAAACAGCCAUGCUGCGCUAAAUCUACAUGAUGAUGACAAGACCCCGCCUCCUCCCCUGCUCCAGGAGAACGUGUUCAUUGAAGCUAGCAGGCCCAAGUACCUUGAGGACCUUCACAGUGAGGCCUUGGAAGGCUUGAAAAUGAUGCAGCAGGAAGAAACCAACAUCGGAGCGGAGUUCCAAGAUAAUGAAAGCACAAUUUCAAUAAUGACGGCACAAACAGAUGGAGAGGGUGGAGGGUUUACGACUGACAGCACCAUUCCUGACGCAGCCUCAGUACAGUCGUCCGUGUCUUCAAGGUCCUCCCGCUCUGGACUCACCAGGCAAGGGUCAACAUUCAGGCCGUUAAACUCUGGGAAACCGUCAGAAAAAGGCAGGACAAGACGACGACACAGGAAAACUGUGGGAGGCAUCCCUCAGCACGUUCAGCGAGAACUAAGAUUGGACAGAGUUGGCCAGACAGUGCCUUCAAAGUUUAAAGAAGAACUUUUCAACGGUGAGCCCUGUGGCAGUGAGAAUCAAGGAUCAUCAAGGGAGGACCAAGUGAAGCAGAUCUGUGCCACCAGUGCUAGUCCUAUGGAUGACCUGGCCUUGCUGCACCGACUGGGCCCUGACUUGAUAGAUGGGCAGAGGCCUCGGUCAGUGGCUGUUCCCUCCAUGACAACUGCCAACUCCCAGCUGGAGAUGCCCUCUCCUGUUAUGUCGAUGUCCCCCCAGGCUGCUUAUAUGUCCAAAAUCAUUCCCAAUGCAGUUUUGCCACCAUCUAUUGAGGUUGUGGAGAUCAGCCGUGGCCAGAGUCGCAACAGCCUCCGAACUGUCAGCAAGAGCAGCCUACUUCUGUCCAGCCCUUCCCCAUCACGCUCCUCUUGUAGAACUACUUCUUCCAAAAGCUCCAGAAUUACCUCUGCCUCCCACCACAACCCCUACAACCUGUCAGACACCUCCGGUUGGAGCAACUCUGACUCCUCAGAGACUUUGGUGUCUGACUCUUCAACCAUCUCCAGUGGCAACGCCUCUAGAAAGGAGAUGUUGCAAGACAAUGACACCUCUUCCAUCAGCAAAGCCUCCAAAACUGCCAUCAAUGGCAAGCUCAGAAACAAGGGAAAUGGAGGUAACCAGGAUGGGCCUUUUGCACGCAGCCUUUCUAUCAUGAAACCCAAAAGGGCUCCGCCUCCCCCAAGCCGGUCAUAUUCUCUGCACAACAAGAUAAAGCGGCGGUCACGAGAUUUAGCCGAGGUGGUGGUCAUUUCCAAGGAGUCCUCUCAAAGCGUCUCAGCGUCAACUGGGGGAACAAAUGAACCUGGAACUUCUCCUGUAAGGACCAUGGACAGUCCUGGUUACAAUGGAGACACCAGCUCUCUGGAUGACUCCACAGGCUCUGUGUUAUUUAACCUGUCAAAAUCACCACAGGCCGGUGACUCAGCCAAGGCGGGAAAGACAAUUUCUUCUUCACAAGAAAAGCAGGAACCCCUGCAGGAGAAUAAGAUAAGCAAAAUAAUCUCCCCGUCCAGCGGCUACUCCAGUCAAGAUUGUACAUCCCCGCAGCUUCAGCCUUUCAGCUCUUCACCGAGACACAAAAGAGGGAUCCUAGCAAAGCUUCAAAGGUUAUUUCCUGGUGCCUCAGCUCCAUCUCCCCUCAUACAGUCUGAAACUCAUGAAAACCCCAAAUCCUCUAAGGAUGCAAUGUUUCAACCAGACAAAGUGGAUUCUGUAAGUGUCAGCCCCUCUGUGAGAACCUUGAGAGAACUCUUUGACAUCCCUCCACAUCCUAAAGUCCAUGCACCUCCAGCGCCGCCUCCAGAAGUCUGGGCUCACAACAAACACACCUUUGAAUUGCUUCUGGGACCACCAGCCCCAGACAACGUAUACGCCAUUAUAAAAAAGAAUCCGAAAGAUAGGAGGCAACAGAGGCCAUCUCCAUCUGUGUCUACAUCUCUGUUGACAGAGGGCUCCGUGAGGAGUUUGGCAGGAGAAAGAAAACAGAACAAUCAGACAGUGGAGGUUAUGCGUGGAAUUGAACAUGCGCUAGAGACACAGAAGGUUCAAGGAAGUGCACUUUUGAAUGUGAAUGAGGUUUAUAAAAUUAGCAAUGAAAGACUGUCUAAAUAUGUAGAUUUAGAAGGAAAUGAGCAAGUGAAAGAGAAUGAUGAGAAGGUACAAGUAAGUGAAAUAUUGAAUGGAAUGUUAGUGAAAGCUGUAAAGAAACGUGAAGAAAGGCUGGCGGUGAUGAGAGACGACAAAGGCAAAACGGCAUCCACACAAGCUUCAGAGGUAAAGACUAUGAUGGAUGUUAUACAAGCCAUUUCAUUAAUACGCACAUCUCCAUCCCCCUCUCCUCCUCCUGCACACCUUCCACCUGAGCCUCCCGGCAAACAGGUAAACAAUGCCGUGUCCCCUGAUUCCUCCUGGCCCCCACCACCUCCACCAAUAAUACAAGCGGUCAGUGUGCCUGAUGAGUUAGAUUUCCCCCUUCCACCUCCACCCUUAAUUAGUGAAGGAGGGUUAAUUACACCCCUGCCAGCAUCACCACCGAGGUCAAUACCUGCUGCAACAAUUAUUACGGAGCUUCACUCCUCUGGUACCACUCCAUCAAUUGUUGUGAUCACUGAACCUGAACCGAAGAUGUCUGAAACAUUGCAUGUGGUUGCACCUCCACCCAGUAUACCCCCUCCGCCACCUUACGCGGCCCCCCCUCCACCAGUUGUAGUCGCAACCCCUUCGGCCAUUUCUCCUCCAUCUAAAGACGUUGCUCCUCCAAAACCUAAAAAGGGUUCCUCACCGCCCCCUCAAGAGGUUGCAGCUGUGAUAGCUAAAGAGCGUGCCCCUCCCUUGGUUCAAGUUCUCCAUUCUCUUAUAACAAAGGACAUCUCCCCACCAUCGGUCGAGGCUAAAGAGAAUCCCUCUCCUGAGGAUCCUGAAGCAGUCUCUGCUCAGUGUUCUAAAGUGGUCGCUCCUUCACAUUCUCCAGGGAGUUCUUCUCUAUCUCCUGAAGAGGAAAUGCCAGCAUCUAAUCUCUAUCCACCACAAAGUAUUCCACCUCCACCACCCACUGAACCACUAAAAUCACUCUCAAGUUCAUCAGAAACAGAGAUCACCUUCCAACAAGAGAGCAUCUCAUCUGAAUCUCAAAGUGAACAGAUUUCAUCUAAUGGGGUUCUCAGUCCCCCUCAAAGUGUUCCACCUCCACCUUCCUUAGAACUGAUCCCUGCAUCUGAUGUAACGACUGGGAUCUCUGCCAAUGAGGCCCUCCAGUCACUUCAGAAUGAAGCUAUCAUGCCAUCAACCGUUAACAUCUCUCCGUCACCAGAGAAGCCAGAGGAACCCACUUGCUCUCAACCUAAUGACAUUCCUGUACCACCACCUCUUCCCGUAGGGGGUCUUGAUCGUCUUCUGCACCAGACUAGUUCUGCAAACUCAGAGAACAAAACCCCUGAGCCCUCAUCUCCUGUGCAAGAGGAACCUCUCCGUGUGGUCACCCCUAACCUUCUGCAGAUGGUCAAACUGCGGCCUGUAAAUAGCAGCCCUGAACCUCCCAUAGCUCAGGAGCCAGCUCAAGCUGAGGAUGUCUUGUCAAUCCAGCAGCCCAACAACCAAGUCCAGGUCCCCCUUACCAAUUGUGAGGCUCCUCAAAAGCCCAUUAGAAAAUCUCUGAUCAUAUCCUCACCCACAUCUACGUCUACACCCGCCAUCAUCACCUGCCUACCGGUUCUCCCCCAGUCCCAGUCUGUUGUUGUUCUACCUGCACAGUCAUCCACGGUACUCAAGUCUCCAGUAAUCACCACCUCUCCCUCCAUGAACCUACAGGAGGCCAUCCGUUUGCGGACAGCUGCCAGGUCAAAAGACAGCUCUGCGCCUCGCCUCAGCUUGCACUCGCCUACGUCACCAAAAGAUGUCUGUCAGUCUCCCACCAGCACAGCAAGCUUUAUCUUCUCAAAGAACAACAAGAGGGUGGUGAUCGAGACUAAGGCACAGAAAGACAUUUAUACUAAGGUGGCCAAUGAGGCUGAGUUGACAAAGAAAGUCAAGAUGCCACCACCUGUUGCAAAGAAACCUAAAACAAAGGCCAUGGAUGCAGAGGGCAGUGACGUAGCACAACCAGAGAGCAUCAUGGAUUCAGCGGAGAAAUCGAAUGGCACAGUGUCGGGUACUGCUGAAGAAGAGACAUGAUCUUUCCACAAGAAGACAAGAUGGAUUGAAUUGCAAGUUGAGAUGAAAAAACGUCACUUUGAUGCAAAUGGUGUGGGUCAUUUUCUCAAGUGGACAUUUAACAGUUUAGUAGACACGGUAUGUUUUCUUUGCCUUGUGGUGUUCUGAGCUUUACUGGUGCAAGAGAAAACGACUGCCUUCUACUGUUUGAAAAUGAUUGUACCAUGUAUGUCCUGCUGAAUCAGUGUGUGGUCAAUAUUCCAACAACGGGACUUAAGGGCGCUCAUCUGUAAAUAUAUCAUUUCAGUGUAAUUUACCAAAGAUGUUUCCAAAAACAUGUUUAAGAAAAUUAAUCUUAAGUUAUUUUUGCUGUUCAAAAAGAAGAGGGUCCCCACUGAUGUAAGUGAAACUCUUAAAAUCGUCAGAUAAAUCAAGUGUUUAUGUAUAUAUACACUCAUAUUCAUGUAUGUUCUCUUCUCACAAAUUCAUCAUGUCACCCUUUAACUUAAGGUUUUCUGUGUUCAUGACCCGUAAUAUAACCCGGGGUCAGUAAAUAAUGUCAAGUAAUACUGAAAUUCUUUAUUUAGAACACAAUUUCUGCUGCUUUUGUUAUGGCUCAAAUAGUGGGAUAUUUCUGCUUUGAACCUUUUUCAGACUUUCAAAGACUAAUGUAAUCAUUUAUAAAAUUAAAGAUUUAUGGACACAUUAAAUGGUCUGUAUGACUUGAAGGAUUCUGCUCCUGGUAAUGCAUUUAGUGACAGAUUUUUUCAUGGACAGUGGUGUCUCUGUUUCCAUUACAAAAUGUCUGCUAAAAACCGAAAUGAAUGAAAAACGAUAUUUUUCCCAUUUGAAAAAUGUGAAACCAAUUAAUCUGUUCAAGACACCAAAAAAUAUGAACACAAAACACAUUUUACAAAGUAUAAGUUUCACGUUCAGAAAACGACGCCAAAUACAGUACAUAUAAAUGAAUGAAAUGGAUAAAUGAACAUUUAACAUCACUUUUACCUUUGCUUGUUGGUCCACACGGUGAUGAGUGGAGUGGACGGAAGAGCCACGCAAACAGUUUUACUCUAGUCUGUUACAAACAACUUUAUAGAGCUGUUUACUUGCUCACUUGAACUUUAUUGGAAACUUCAGCAUCAGCUACAAUCAUUGAUUGCAUUUCUAUUUAUUUCCAUUAAACCAUCCUACAACCUGCAACUAAGGAACCUUUACAGUACAUUAUAAUUCUUGUAACAUAUGCUGCUUUUGUUCUUUGCUACAACUUAUGUCUUGAAUUCAAUCGUGUUUCUCAUCUUUUUUAUCAAAGUCCUGGCGCGUGCAACUUUCUUUGCAGUCAUAGUGUAUUUGAUUUUUUUUUUUUUUUUAGUACACAUUCCUCUAAAACUCAAAUACACAGUGCACUUGAACAUCUCACCGAAGCACGGUGCUUAUGAGGAAGAAAGGAGACAUGAGUUGUUCAUCGUUCUGUGUCUUAUAAGAAAACAAACCACACAGACAUGAAGUGAUGUGAAUGAUUGAAGAAUUUCCUGGAAGGAACCAAGAACCACUAUUCAUUCUUCAUUGAAAAUGAGUCACCAAUGCUUUGUUUGGGCACUCGAUUUUGUGUACGAUAACCAAGACAGUGUACGAAAUUGACAUUUUUUGCAAUGAUUUUGGUCGAAAACAGAGGUUUCACUGUAUUUCCGGGUUCACAUGUAUCUAUUCUGUAUUUGUUAGUGUCAGCAAUGGUUAAUGAUGUAUCCAUUACGGAUUCUGUUUUUAGACAACUUGAGAUAAUUGAAGAAUGACUACGUGUACAGUGGCCGCACGGUGGCCUAGUGGUUAGCUUGUUGGCCACACAGGAGAUUGAGAACUUCUGGUUUCGAAUGUCCGUUUGUGAGUCUCUGUGUGUUUUUUGCAUGUUCUUCCUGUGCAUGCGUGUGUUUUCUCUGUUUUCCUCCUCCAUUCCAAAAAUAUGAAUGUAAGGUUAAUGAUGGAAGGAUUGGAUAUGUGUACAGUGUUUAGUUGA